AUGGCAGCGCGGCGAGCCGGAGCGAACCCCACGGGGCCCCACGCCAGCGAGGGACACCUCGAGGGAAAAGUCAGCGAGGGCAGCGGCGGCAGCGUGAUCGUCGACCGGAGGGGCGCCGCGGACUCCCACGGCCUCGCCCACGCCCUCAGAGACAGCCACUCACGCGCGCUCGGAAAACACACUGACGCCGAGCCGCCCGCCAUGCUGGGUGGCAGAGACAGCCUCGGCAGAGGCCUCGGGCGGGCGCCCCUUGGCCCGCCGCCCCUCGCCCACCCGCCGCUGGGGGGGCCCGCGCCCCUGGGGGGCAUCGGGUCCAUGGGCGGAGGCAGGAUUCCCCCGCUGGGAGGCCAGCACACGCCCCUGGCGCCCAUCGCGGCGGCCGGGCGCAGCGCCCCCCACGCCGCCCAGCUGGCCCCGCUGAAGCCGCUGGCGCCGCCCGCCGCGCAGAGGAGCGCCGAGAGGGACGGCCGCGCCGGGAUGGCUCCCUUGAAGAAACAGGAUCGCCUGCAGGGCCCGAGGAAGGAGGCGGAGGACACCAGAGGAGGCGAAGGAAGAGGAGGAGGAGGAGGAGGAGGAAGGGCGCUAAUAGGAGGAGGAGGAGGAGGAGGAAGGACGCUAGGAGGUGGUGGAGGAGAAGGAAGGACGCUAAUAGGAGGAGGAGGAAGAGAAUCCGCGAUAGACAUUGGGCCGCCUCCGAAGUCGAUCCUGAAGGGCCCCGUCUUGGCUCGUGCAGGAGGAGCAGCAGCAGCAGUUGGAGGAGGGCGAGGAGGAGGACGAGGAGGACCGGGCCAGCCAGCACCUGCUCAAGUCUAUCCACGAACCAAGACCCCUUCCAUGACCAGCUCUACCCUCCGUUGCGCCUUUUACAGCGGUUCUUCCCUUUACAUCUUGACUGGGGCUCGCUACCAAGGUCUAGUUAUCUAA